UCUGUCUCAGAUCCGGUGGCCGUUCCUGUGGAACCAGAGGAGGAUAAAGCUGAUCAAUCCGACCCGGAGAAGGAGGAGGACGUCGGCAUCACCUUCGUUGCUCGGAAGGUGGAGACGCCCAAACAGCGACCCAAAUCAGUCCCAGCAGCUCUGGACGUUUGCCAGAGCCCGUCGCCCCUUCACCCGUCGCUGCCCAGUGAGGACAGCCAUCUGCCCUGGAAGGGCGGCGUGGGGUCGCCCCCACCCUGCGUGUCGGUGGAGGCCACCAAGAUCAUCCCGGUGGACCUGCAGCAGGCCUGGAACCAGAGCAUCUCCUCCCUGGAGAGCGUCUCGUCGCCUCCGGCGCCCGCUGAGCCUGUCCACCCCCGCGUCAGCGCCCUCUCCAGGCUGGGAGGGUCCCGCCCCGCCUCCUACACCGGCCCUAUCGGGGCGGCGCCCGCCCAGGCCCCGGCCGCCUUCUGUUUCCCUGAGAGGAAGAAGCUGAUGGAGGAGGAGGAGGAAGAGGAGGAGCCUGGCGCGUCGCAGGAGAUGCAGCCGCUGAUGUCAGCCCCGAAGCUGCCCGGGGCGCCACAGACUCCGCCCCCGCCUCCGGCCCCGCCCGGCCCUGGCAGGAGGAGGAACCCCUGCGUGUACCUGAGGAGUCUGGUGACCCCGCCCCCCGGUGGCGGCGCCGGGUCGCACAGUCACCGCCCCACGCAGCUCUGAACACGAGGGGGCGGGCUGUCUGUCGGCUCGGCCAAUAGGAAACCAGCACAAUCACAUGACCAGAGAGCAUCACCAGCUGAAGAUGACCUUCUGUCCUCAUCUUCAUCACCAUCAGCGACCUUCAUCCUUCCACCAAACUUUCCAGCCAAGAUGGAUUGGAAGCUUGGAAGGAUCUUUGCUCCAUCACAGCAGAUCAAUAGAAGUGUGUGUAUUAAUACUGAUGCUGUUGAAUCAGUUACACUGAAAAUGUCUCUGUGAUUCCCUCAGUUUGAAUGAAAAUCCAUUCUUUGUUCAUAACUCUUUCAUACAGCAGGGGGCGCUGCGGCGCCCCUUAUCCUGCCUGUCCCCUUUAAUUCUGUCUGAGCUGCUUAUUUAAAACAUGUAUUUAAUACAGGCCUUGUUUGUUCUGAAUGCCGCUGCCUUAUUCUAUGUGCUUUAUUCCUGGAGCUGCUGCAGAAACCCGGUCCGGUCCAAACAGGACCGGCGGUUCCGCCAGAACAAAUCAUCAAUGAUCUGUUCCUGCAGCAGCUCGGUCCAGUCAGCAGGAGAACGGUUUUUAUUUAAAAUAAAGGUGGUUGAUAUGUUUCUGCUUUAAUGUGCUGCUAGUCAGAAACGCCUGAAAUUAAUCCUGAAUUAUUCCUCUGAAAAUGGAGAAAUAAAGAGAAAUUAGACUGAGAUGACAAUAUUUUUGUUCAUAUUUUACUAAAAUCUUGAUCAUUUUUCUGAUUUGCCUUGAUGAAUCCUGAAAACGUGGGAUUAUUGUUGUGUAAUUUUUUAUCUGAAAGUGAGUGAAGGUUUUCUUUAAAUUAUGAGAUUCGUGUUUCAGGGAAGAGGAGCAGCAAACUGGACCGGAACCACCAGAACCAGAACCGCACCACAUUGGCACCCGGAUCCGAUAUCUGAUGUUGUUCUCCAUAUUGCUGCUGUUUGUGUUGAAGCAAAAUAGAGGAUUUUAUCUUCCUGUUGUGGUUAAAGGAGCAGAGCGAAGUACAAUAGUUUGCUUUUAUUCACGCAACUGCUUCAUGUUAAUUCCCUGAACAAACCUCUAAAAAUAACUGAAACUAACAAUAAAAUAAUAAUUCUGUAAAGUUCAAAUCUCUGAUGUAAAAUCAGAAUAUAAUAAAGACUUUUCAAGACAAA